UAGUGGCCAUUCGCAAUAUAAACAAAAAUUUAGUGAAUCAUCAACUACAACUGAUUAUGAUCUAUUCAUGUUUUCAAUGGUGCCAUUACAAUUACGGUUUACGGAUGAAUGUGGAGAUAAACAUAUUAUAUGGAAAAAUCCAAGAUAUUCUUCUACAAGGUUUUGUCGGCCGAUUAAGUUUGAAUUCAAAAAAGAAUCCGUUAUAAGUACACAAGAAGAAGUAGAAGCAGUAAAAUCUGAAAUUCUUAAUUUACAUCCCACUAUUUACAUGCAUGGUACACAAGAAAUCAAAAUUAAACAUACAAUGAUUUUUUCAAUGAUUGAUGGAAAAGUAGCAAAUUCUGUAACAAAAACAUCAAGCCAAACAUGUUUCAUAUGUGGCUGUACUCCCAUACAUAUGAAUAGACUUGAAAACAUGGAUAAAUUUUCCGUUGACCCAGAAACAUUUUCUUUUGGACUAUCUACCCUACAUGCAUACAUUCGAUUUUUAGAAUGUAUAUUACAUAUUGCAUACAGAUUAGAAUUUAAAACAUGGCAGGUGAGAUCGGUCGAAAAUAAAGUUAAGUUUUCUGAAAGAAAAAGUAUGAUACAAAACAGAUUUCGAACUGAAACCGGGCUAUUAAUUGAUGUUGUUUUGGAAGGUAAGGGAACGUCAAAUGACGGAAACACUGCUCGUCGGUUUUUUAAAAAUUGUGAUAAAAGUGCAAAUAUUACGGGUGUUGAUAAAAAUCUAAUUCAACGAUUCGGAAAUAUCUUAUUUGCUAUGUCAAGUGGUCACGAAGUCAAUGUACCAGAAUUUAAAAUGUAUACUGCAGAUACAGCAAAAUUAUUUAUUUCUCUUUAUCCUUGGUACAACAUGCCUAGUAGUGUACAUAAAAUUCUUAUACACGGAGCUGAUGUAAUAAAUGCAGCACUCCUCCCUAUAGGACAGUUAUCUGAAGAAGCAGCAGAAGCGAACAAUAAAGAAUACAAAAAGUUCAGAGAACACCAUACUCGCAAAAAUACACGUUAUAAUACAAAUGAAGACCUAAUACAUAUGCUAUUAGUAGCCUCUGACCCAUAUUUAUCUUCUAUAAGAAAAUUACCAAAAAAACCAAUACGUGAGCUAACAGACGAUGUAAUGUCAUUACUAAUUUUACCAGAUACUGAAAUAGAAGAAGAAAAUUACGAACCAUCUGACGAUGAUGAUGAAAAUGAUGGAGAAGAUGGAUUAGAAGAGGAUAGUGUCAGUUCCAGUGAUACAGAUCUAUAGAGUGAACUUUUCACAUGUUAAUUAUAUCAUAUUUAUGUAUAUAUUUUUACAGUUUGAAACAUUUACGAAAUUUAAAUAGUAAUAUUUUUAAUUUUUAAAAUUAAAUUUAUUAAAUAAUUCAUAUAUUCGGAAAUCAAUUUUUUUUUUUUUAAAUUGAUUAAAUUUUUUUUUGAUUUUAUUUGAUUUUAUGAAUGUACAAUGUAAAAUCUGAACCUAAUAUUGAAGUAAGUAUCAAAAUAAGUUGUAUACAAAAUAAUUUUAUACUUAAAUAAUUUUGUCCCCCUAAAUCAACUUUCUGGAACACUGUGCCACGUUGUGAAUCAGCUCUUGAUUAAUUUUGGGCUGAUUCACAACGUGGUGGUGUGAGUUUUAAAGACGGCGUGGGCCGCCCUGAAGUAAUACCUAACGGUAGUUCCAGGGCGGUCCACAACCAAGCUGAUCGGAGAAAAAAAAAAAAAAAAGGCUGCCUUAGAGGUCGUAACUUUACAAGUUGCUGACCUCAAAUCAGAGAAUACUGUUUUCAAAAAUAAUGUUGCUGACCUGACAAAACGUGUAAAUGCCAUUGAAACGGACAAAAGUAGUCCUCAUUCUAAUGCUGAUAGUGUCCAAGU